UAGCGUCUCUUUCCAGCCCCGAGCUGACCGAGACCUGGAAAUGAAAGUGAAGGGAAGAAAAAAAGGAGACACAUGGGAGGAAGUUGCAGCCGGCCAAAGAGAAGCAUUAAACUAGAGGAUUCCCUGCAGCCAGCUGGGAUUGUGGAAGUGAUUUCUAUGUGCUGCUCCUUGUCUGCGGCCAGAGAAUAGUAACAGCCUGGAGGUUCUUAUGGCAAGACAGAAGCGCAAGGAAGAUAUUGAGAAAGGCCUGCAGUUUAUCCAGUCUACGAUACCCUUUCAUGGAAGUCAAGCUGAUUAUGAGCAUUUUUUGCAGCAGUUGGUCAGGAACUUAUUUGCUGAGGGGAAUGACCUGUAUCGUGAUGGGGACACCAAGCUGGCUCUGGGGCAGUAUACAGAAGGCCUGACAGUGGCUGAAUAUGCCAUGUCUGAAGAGCUUACCAUCCCAGCAGAGCUGCUUUCCAAGCUGUGUGUGAACCGUUCCUGCUGCUAUUUUACUAUGGGGCUGUUUGAAAAGUCACUGGAAGUUAGUGAGAGUGCUCUGAGCCAUGACAAGGAGAACAUGAGAGCUUUGUACCGCAAAGCCAAAGCCCUGGACCAACUGGGACGCCAUCAGGAAGCUUAUGGGUGCAUUAGUGACAAACUGUUAGCGCUGGUGCAGGAUGAGAGUGUAACAGAGCUGGCACAGGAACUUGUGCAGAAGUUAGGAUUAAAGCAACGCAAAGCGUAUAAAAGGCCGCAGCAAGAGCUAGAAUCAGAUGGUUUCCUUAGCAAUGGUACAUCUACCUCCACUAGUAGCCAGGCAUCCUCUAAUAGCCUGGGAUCGUUAGAUGAUAUUGAUGUAGGUAGUGACCUUCACAUUGAAGGGCUGAAGGCAGCUGUUUCUCCAGCCUCCACUGGAUUUCCGUCAGCAUCCGGUUCCUUGAACGACUUUGCAGACUGUGACAUCAUUGGGGAUGAGCUGGACUCUUUCCUGGACACAGGAAUAUUACAGACAUCCAUUCCACCCAGCCAAGUGUCCCCAUUAAUACCAGUGUACACCACUGGCUCCCCUUUGCUUUCCUCUCUUGGCAUUAACAUACUCCCAGCCCCAUCCCCAUUACCUCCAGCCUCCUUUGGUCUACUGGAUUCACAGAAGCUGACCAGGCACUGUGAAAAGCCAGGCUAUAACAUGAAUCUUAUCAGGAUGGCAGAGCCCCGUCUGGACACACUGGACGGCUUUGAGAGCAUUAGGGAGCCAAUGGACUGUCUGAACACCUUCCCGAAUGAGCCCAAGCAUUUAAUAUACCCUUCAGCAAAAACAAACCAGAAGCACAAGCCUGGUGUGAACAACAUGAACCACAUAAAGACGGAUGCUGCUUUGCUUCAUGCGAGAAGGCUGUUAUCAACACUACCAGCCAACCCCCUGGCACAGACCUAUGAGUUUAAACAGGCAUGCCCACAGUGUUUCGUGAAGACAGGUCUCAAAGCUCUGGACUAUGCUCACAGGGAGAAGCUGGAGCACAAGUGUAAAAGGAACAUAUUGCUGGCCAGACAAAAGAGCUCCGAAAAUAAGACAUGGCUUAGGAUUCGCUCACGACCGCCAAAAGUUACUGGCCCCUAUGUUCUGUGCAAAGAUAUUCAAAUGCGCCAGGACUGUAAAUAUAGAGAAGACUGCACAUUUGCAUACUAUCAGGAAGAGAUAGAUGUGUGGAAUGAAGAGAGGAAAUUGACUUUUCGACGUGAUCAGCUUUUCCUGCUCCCAUCAGUGGUGAAGGCUGGCACUGUGGCCUGGUUACUGCAGGAGCAUAAAGGCAUAUUUAUCUUUUUAUGCCAGGCCUGCUUUGACAGUAAGCCUCGGGUCAUUAGCAAGAAAAGUCAAGAGAAUCAAACUGUUUGCAUUAAUGAGCACUCUUUUCUUGAUAACAAGUGUCUGGUCCAUGUGUACAACUCUGGCACUAUUAAAUAUUCUAAAAUCCGUCCACUUCAGUCACAUUUUCAUAUGGAUUUGUGCCGCCAUGAAAUGCAGUAUGGCUGCAUACAGGAAGAUACCUGCAGCUUUGCACACAGUCCUGUGGAGCUGAGUGUAUGGAUUCUGCAAAGACAAUCUGGAUCCACACAGGAGGAAAUUGUGCAGGAGUCUGAGUGGGCUUGGAAAGUGUCUGAACCUAAAGGAAAAACCUUUCCAAAAUGCCUGGAUAUAAAGAUGAAGUUUGUCUGUAGCCAGUGUCUGAGCACGGGACAGCACAUAGAAUCAGAUCGGGAUGGAAAAUACUGCGCAGCUAAAGCUAGGCACAGUUGGACCAAAGAAAAGCGAGUUCUCCUUGUGAUGUCAAAGGCAAAGAAGUGGGUCUCAGUGAGACCUUUGCCAUCCAUCCGCCAGUUCCCACAACAUUAUGAGAUCUGCAUCCAUGUACAGAAUGGGAAGAAGUGUCAGUAUUCUUGGAACUGUACCUUUGCCCACAGCACGGAAGAAAAAGAUUUAUGGACAUUUAUGAAAGAAAACAGAGUGCUUGACCUUCAGCGGGUUUUUGAAGUGUGUCAGAAGAAUAACUGCCCACCUGAGAAGGCUGAAAUGGGGGCUUCAGGCCCACAGAAGGAGUUGGAGAAGCAGAUCCUGAUGCCCACAGAUUAUGCUGAUCUGAUGGCUGGUUUCCACUGUUACUUGUGUGGGAAGAACAGCAAUAGUGAGCGGCAGUGGCAGAAGCACAUCCAAUCAGAGAAACACAAAGAUAGAGUGUUUACCACCGAGAGUGAGGGCACAACCUGGAAGUUUCGCUUCCCAGCCGGCGAGUUUAAACUCUGUGAUAGGUUUGAGGAGACCAAGAGCUGCCCCCAUGAAAGCAACUGUCUGUUUGCACAUGGUCAGGAAGAACUUGACGAGUGGCUGAAGAGAAGGGAUGUACUCCUGCAGAAGGUUUCCAGAGCCCGGAAAGAUAUGCUCCUGGAGCCCACCGACUCAGACUUUGGCAAAUAUACCUUUCUGUUAAAGGAUGUGGCAUGAGCUAUGCAGGGAUAUAAAAUGAAUACACAUUGGAGUUAGUCUGAAAAAUACAGAAAUGCCUGUAUGUUCCAUCACACUUCAAACUUGUUACCCAGGGCCAGCUCCAACCAGAUUCAUAGUGCGUCCCUUAUUCCAGCUACAGGUAUCUGUUUAUAUAGUCUGCAAGUUUUAUGUGAGAGCAGAUGUCAUUUUUUGCUUCUUUCAAAAUUCAUUAUCUAAAUCAAACCCCUACAUUUACCUUAUAUAUAAAUUAUGGGAAUUAUUUUUCAU